GAGACAGCGAAGACGGGACUUCAAGUGAAUGCAGAGAAGACAGAGGUGAUGAAGAUACCCAACCAACAACAACAAACUCCAAUCACCAUCAACGGAAGAAACUUAAAGGAAGCAGCCUCGUUCACCCACUCUUCUAGGCAGCACGGUCUCAACUACAGGCGGCACAGACGAAGAUGUCAAAGCCAGAAUCAGAAAAGUAAGACAGGCGUUCAUAAGCCUGAAACUAGUGUGGAGAUCUUCUGCAUUCAACAUGUGCAACGAGAUCCGGAUUUUCAACACCAACGUCAAGUCAGUGCUUCUGUAUGGCCCACAGACUUGGCGCGUUACGAAAGAGAUUUCUAACAAACUACAGAUAUUCAUCAAC